AUGGCUGAAGAGCACACCUCACCGUCGCGGGCCCCACCCACUCUUCCCUCCAAAUCACACUUCAAACCCAUCACAUACGGCAGCACAUCCUCUACCUUCACCAGCCCGCAUGACUCCGCCGUCGCCGUCUCGCCCACCGAACACCCCUUCACCGCUCCGCCGCUGCGCUACACGUACUCGCAUCCCAAUGGGCAUCGCAUCAUACCGCCGAGUAUCAGCGGACACGGUCGGCUGAUCGUCGCACAUCGAACAGUGCCGUACUGGGCGGGAAUACUGGUUGUGAUUGGUUCCUUUGCGUGGGCCGUGUUCGUCGCGAUGCAUGUUUUCGAGGCCGUUGGUGCGAAGCAUCCCAGCACGAGACCGGACUAUGGACGGGGAGAUUGCGAGGGCUGGUUUUGUUGA